AUGCACCGCACUAUUCCGCGGUUCCGGGACCGUGCUGCCUUGUGCUGUGUAUCCCGGUCCCUGAACAAGAAAGCGACCCGGUUGCUUUACCAACAUACCAUCAUUGAGUUGGACAAUACCUUGCGACCGCGAUCGAAACCGGAGUUCUCGCCGCCCUGGCUCACACAGCUGCGUGGUUUGUAUAGAGACAGGAAGACUCUCUGUCCGGUUAUCACAAAGCUGUCGAUAUUGUUCGCAAAUGAGUCAGAUGUCUUCGAACGGGGUGAAUCACUGGCAAUGGAUCUUCUGUUGGGUUGCGUUCGCGAAAUGCAUUCCUUGGACGAGGUUAUCUGGGCCUCAAAUCCUGUUCCCCCGGGCGACCUCAUGGAAGCAUUUGCUGCCCAAAACAUAACUGCCUUUACUUACGAUGGCGAUCCGCGUGUUACAAAACUUGCCUACCCUCUUGAUGUCCUGAAACUGGACCUUCUAUCGCAAUGUCCUCUCCGGUCACUUUCCAUCAAGGCCAGUACGGAACCAGAACUUCUAGGCCUGAGAGACGCCAUUUUCACCCACCGGAAGAGCCUGGAGUCGUUGGCGCUCCGCUUCGGUGAUUGGGCAACAUGGUACGGUUACUUGGUUUUCCGAACUGGCUAUCCAGACUGUGCGCCAAAAAGCGUACUGGAAGGCGAAGGAGAUCCAACUUUCGUGCUUUUUGAACCAUUCGUGCAGGCAUCGGAAAAGCUUUGUUUACAGUCGUUUGACCUGCUUGGUACUGUAUAUUACGGUUAUGGGUUCUCUGAUUCCAUUGAGGAAACUUUUUGGAAAGCAGUGGACGUCGGGUGUCUGAAACAUCUUCAAAUCUCCCGACGUCACUCGUACAGGACUGUUCAGGGGACUCUGCUUGGGGAGUGGCAGGAUUAUCACUCGCUUGAAUCACUCGCAUUUGAGGGUAAACCUCUUCCGAAUCGUGCAGGUUCCCAGGAUUCCCAGGAUUCCUGGGACGAGAUAGCAGCUCGAUUGACCUCCCUAAGCGUAGACCAGUUUAUUCCCCAUCUGGGACAUAAUUUUAGUUCGCUUCGGAUGCUCGCCAUGACCAUGCCCCUUUCGCCUUCACAUCUACCCAUCCCUGAGCUCAAGGCUGUCUGUCCGCUUCUUGAGCAGCUGGCUUAUGUCCAGCCCCCUGGUUUAUUUACACGGGACCUUCCCGAUCUAGAAGGCAUGCCACACCUUCGCAGGGUCUAUGCCAUGGUAGACCUCAAAUCCUCCAUCGUAAUGGAUUACUUUGCCCGCUUUAUGGAAUACUGCUGCAAGACCGAGUCUCCUCUUCUCGAUCGCCUUGACCGAUUUGCGGGCGGCGUCACCGUAUGUGACAUUGUGUCGGUCCGUCAACUCGAGUGGAGCCUUCGCCUGCCGCUCAAUGUCCAAGAAGCAGAAGCAGAAGCAGUGCACGAAAACGAAAACGCCGAACUGAGCCCUUAUAUCCCCCUGCUGCCCAGGGAUGAGUAUUCCAUGAAAUUGCCCCGUCAAACUACUAUGUCUUGUCGGGGUAAGGUGUUUCGCCAACUUGAUUGGCGACAGUUGGAGGGUGAUCCGAUGGUUGACACGGUGAUGUACCGCUACAACUUAAAAUGCUCUCGAGGGCCAGGCGUUGAUUAG